CUUUUACGCGCUUGCGCGGGACGCACUGGACGCCCUUUCCUUUUAGACUGAGCUGGUCGUGCUUGUGGCACGGCCGCGUGAGAGGGCCUGCCUGGGAAAGUUAAGUACCUGAAGGAGUGACCAGCUAUGGAUCAUGCUAGGAAAGCAAUAUUUAACAUGUUUGGAGGAGAGCCCCUCUCAUACACCCGCUUCAGUCUGUCUCGACAGCCAGAUGGAGACAACAGUCAUGUGGAAAUGAAGCUCUCUGCUGAAGAUGAGGAAGGUAUUGAAAAUGGAGGAAUUGACCAUCUUCAUACCCGACCAAUAAAACCAAGGAACAACAAUCGACACCUCUGCUGUGUACUUACUGGGGCAGCUCUCCUUUUCCUUAUAGGAUUCCUAAUUGGCUACCUGAGUUUCCGUGGAAGGAUACAGGCAAUGAAAAAAUGUGAGGAUGGUGUUGAACCAUGUCAUAGCUAUCGAUGUACACCCGAGUCUGAUGAUGACACACCUGAACCUGAGGAACCGGCACCUGAACCUGUGCUAUACUGGGGUGACCUCAAAAGCAAGUUGUCAACCAGGCUGCGCUAUGCAACUCUCGGAGAUAAAAUCGAGCCAGUCUCUUCUGAUGCUGGCAGUCCAGGAGAUGAGAACCUAGCCAAUGUCAUUCAUCAAGAUUUUGAGAAAUUCAAGUUGGAUAAAGUCUGGAAUGAUGAGCACUACGUCAGGCUGCAGACCCCAGGAUCUCAGAAUGUAGUUUCCCUGGAAAAUCCAAGUGAAGAUUUGGAGAUUCCUCAAGCUUAUGUAGCAUACAGUGAAAGUACAGCUGUUUCUGGAAAACCUGUUUAUGCCAACUAUGGGCGCAAUGAAGACUUCUAUCAACUGCUGCAGAAAAAUGUCGACUUAACUGGAACAGUGAUCCUUAUGAGAGCUGGAGAAAUUGCUUUUUCUGAAAAAGUGGCAAAUGCCAAGAAGAUGGGUGCUGUAGGAGUCUUGAUAUACCCAGAUCCAGCUGACUAUCCAGGCCUUGGAGACCACACUUCCCUAUUUGGACAUGCUCACCUUGGGACAGGAGAUCCUUUUACUCCUGGAUUUCCAUCUUUCAACCAUACUCAGUUUCCCCCAGUUGAAUCCUCAGGCCUCCCACGCAUUCCAGUACAAACCAUUUCAAGAUCUGCUGCAGAAAAAAUAUUCAGCUCUAUGAAAGGGCCAGACUGUCCAGAUUCAUGGAAAGGAAAACUUUCUGGUUGCAAGCUUCGGUCAGAUUCUAAUGGAAGAAAUGUGACGCUGCGGGUGAACAAUGAGCUUGUGGAAAAGAAAAUCCUAAACAUCUUCGGUGUGAUCAAAGGCUUUGAGGAUCAAGAUCGGUAUGUAAUCAUUGGAGCCCAGCGUGAUUCCUGGGGGCCUGGAGUUGUAAAGGCUGGUGUAGGAACCGCCCUGCUUCUACAGCUUGCCAAAACACUCUCUGACAUCGUGAAAAUUGAUGGGUACAAGCCCCGCCGGAGUAUUGUAUUUGCCAGUUGGAGUGCUGGAGCCUUUGGAGCUGUCGGUGCCACAGAAUGGCUGGAGGGCUAUUCCUCAUCUCUCCACAUGAAGGCGGUUGCGUAUAUCAACUUGGAUGCAGCAGUUUCGGGCUCAAGGGACUUCAGGUUCUCUGCCAGCCCCAUGUUGAAAAGGUUGUUGGAAGAUGCAGUCUCAGGAAUUACUGUGUCGUCAACUGAUCUUCGUUCCACUUUGGCCAGAAAAGAGGUCCCGUUUCGUAUUGAUGACGCAGCCUUUCCUUUUCUGUCCUACUCUGGGAUACCAUCUAUUUCAUUCCACUUCUGUGAUGAUGGGAAAGGGUAUCGCUUCCUUGACACCCAAUUAGACAAUCUGGACAACCUGUUCAGGAGUUUCACCCCCAUUGCUGAACUGGAAAAUACAAUCCGCAAAGCAGCUGAAAUCGCUGGUCGUAUAGCUCUGAGGAUGACGCAUGACCACGAACUGUACCUGGACUACGAGAGCUACAAUAACAAGCUGCGUGACCUUAUAGGGAAGAUAGUUCCAUACCGGAAAGAGAUGCAGAAUAUGGGCUUGGGCCAACAGUGGCUGAUGGUUGCCCGUGGAGACUUCAACCGAGCUACAAGCACCCUCACACAAGAUAUCAGAAACACCGACCUCACCAACAAGGCUGCUUGUCGUGCUUUGAAUGACAGGAUCAUGAAAGUGGAGUACAACUUCCUCUCCCCGUACGUCUCUCCAAAAGACACUCCUCUCCGGCACAUCUUCUUUGGUUCUGGCUCCCACACUCUCCAGGUGAUGCUGGACCACUUGGGUCUCUUGAAGACAAACAGGAGCGCCUUCAAUGAAGAUGUGUUCAAGAACCAGCUUGCUCUGGCAACCUGGACAAUCCAGAGUGCUGCAAAUGCCCUUUCUGGUGACAUCUGGAACACAGACAAUGAGUUCUGAGAAAGUUGAAAGCUAAAGUUAAUUCUGAAGUACAGCAACAGGGAACCCCUUCCUUUUCAACCAGUAGCACAUAACAAAAGUCCCCUUAGGCCUUCAGAGGAUUUUUAGUUGUCCAGGCUGAAACUUGAGCAAUUCCAAGCAAGUUAAAAUGUCCUGACCCAGAGAACAUAGAUAUAUGUAGAUUCACCUUUUAAAAUGUGCUGGCCUCUCUAACCCAAAAUUUGAGAGGGCUGAUCUUGGACUGAGUAAAGCAUUUCUUCCAAGGGAUGCACACAAAGCAACCACAGCAUUGAACUCAUGAGAAUUGUAAGGGCUCUUGGAUUCUUGUGAAUUCAACCUGACCUCCCAGACUCUUCUAAAGCAAAGUUGCCGUGUGACUUGUGAGCCUAAAAGCUCCCAUGUCUUUAAUCCUAUUAGGAAGUAUCUCCCCUGGGUACAGAAGCUCUUCCAUAGACCCCUUGGCCUCUGGGAUACAGCCAAUACACCUUGACAUAAGAUCUGUCUAGCAGGGAAUGAAAAUGAAACCUUUCGCCUUCCCAAUAGGAAUUGAGAGAGUCCCAGGUGAAACUCCUGUGACUUGCUCCUUUCCGUACUAAGGAAGGCCAAGCCAAAGAAAUGAAGGCUAUAGUACCUUGAAUGGUACUAUUUUAAAAUUAAAAUAACCGUUCCCCCUACGAGGAGUCUGGUUGCACUCAAGCCCUUGCUGUGAGGCCUUUUCAGUAAACGAGAAGUCUCUUGGCCUAGUCUUAACUUGCAGCACUUGUUUGAGAGACUGACUCUGCAGACUUGGUAUCGAGGUAUUUAUUUAUUUAUUUAUCAGUGGCAGUGUUCACUAUAAAUGGUAUUUGUUUUUUCUACAGAAUAUAAUUAUCGGAAGCAGUGACUUCCAUAAUUAUGACAGUUAUACUGUCGUUUUUGAUAAAGCAGCAUCUGCUAGUACAAUCCAACCAUGAUAACUGGAAUUUUUGCCACCAAGCCUUCAGUGGCCUGCAACAGCACCAUCCCUUCGGAAGAUUAUUUGGGAUUCCAGGGGGUAGGGACUUUGUUUCACCUCUUGGAGCAGGCAGUCCAAGCAGGUGAGGGGAAAUCCCGGGAAGUGCUUUUCACUCUCAGAAGAUAAGAGCAAAAGCUGUGAGAUGCACCUUCUGCCUGACCCUUUCAAUGAAAAGCUUCCUUUGACUGGGUGCAGCCAGUGUGUGAUGGGGAUUUCCUUUUGCUUCAGUAGAUCUGGAGCCCCAUCAUUUGGGCUUUCCAUCAGUCCUCUGACUACUGGUUGUGUUUAGGCUGAUGCAAACCAUUGCAGGCUUGUGUUGAGCUGUGCUUGAAUCCAACAGCAGCUCUUGUGCAAAACUUCCAGCACUGCGAUGUAUCAUGAGAACUUGGGUCACAUUAUCGGGAGCAGUGUCUCCCAUAAUGUUAAAGAACAAGGUAGUUUUUGCCUACCACAGUGUUGUAUCGGAGGCAGUGACCUCCAUAUGUUGCACUAAGGGUGUCUUAAUUAUCGGGGACAGUGUUUCCCAUAAUUUUUUUGUAAGUGCUCACCAUGCAAUAACACCUGCAGAGCAUGAUCGUUAGUAUCUAACAUGUAUAUUCAAACAUCUGCAACUGUCUGUCUUUGUCUGGUCUCGCUUUGUGCUGGAUGCAAUAACUAGUUUAGUGGCUCUUGCCACACUGUGAGCAAGGCCAGAGUAGUAAUCGGCUGCCACAACUAGUUUUAUAUUGCUGAGAACCUUGGAGACAACUGAGCAGUGGGCUUUUGCUGACUCUUGGUGAAGCCUGACACUUCUUUCUCCUCUUCUUUUUUGCUCAAAUCUACUUCUAAGACUUCAAGAAAUGGCUGGAUGAAUGUAUAUAAGAGUUGCUUAUGGCUAUAAAGAAAUUUGUGUUAAAAUGUGGGUGUCAGUUGGGAAUGCUUCAAGAGCUUGAGUGGAUGAUUCUGAUCAGUUGCCUGCACUGAAAUAACUGAAUCUACUGUGAUUGUUGCACUUCACUUUUUUUACUUGGCUUCUGGUACAAAAAUCUGGUACAGACAUCUGUGGGAACAUCCCUUUAGAUAUUCCUCAACAGAAACAAGCUGCGUUUUCUGGCUCUCCAAAAACUCAGGCUGAUAAAGAUGCUUUCUAUACUCUUCGUAAAGUGCUGCUUUUAAGGCUCUUUGCUUAAAUGAGCAGCUUCCGCACACUGGGAUUUCAUGCUUUGUGCUGGAGAAAGCUGGAUGAGCUGGGCACAAGGAUGGAAAGUCAUGUGUUCUUGUAAACUCUCUUCCACAUUGUAGUUCUGUUUACCCCAACUUUACCCAACUUGGUAAUGCCUGCAGCUCCAGGGACUCAUGGGGAUUGUAGUUUAAAAACAGCUGGAGGGCACCACCAGGUUGGUUAAAGCUGGUGUAGAUAAAGUCAAUUACAUUUCAAACCUUUUGUGUGUGAGUGAAAAAAAUCUAGCUUGGUAAUUUCCCAUGCGUGGUUUUCUUCCCUCCGUUUCAUGAGGCCUGUGAAUGCAGCCGGGUCAUCCAAGUAGUAGCGGUCUUCCCAUAGCGCUGCAUGCAUCUUGGGUGGGUAAUAAAGCGUAGACAUAGUUACUGGGGGGAAAUUGAACUGAAUCUCAAAUAUAUAAGCUAUGUGUAUCUCUGAAAUUUGUGCUUUGUGCUGUUGUGCUAUGAGAUUAUUUAGAGUUGGGGGUUGUAAUCUUGGUGUUAUGGCUGAUGAGAACUGCAAGACUUGACUGUCAAUAAAGAACAAGGAAGAAU